CAUGGUUUGACUCGAGUUAGAUGUAAAUUUGACUCCGACAAUGGCGGGGUUGGGCAGCAGACGUGGGCCGUUUAAGCCCGGCGACGUCCAACCAAAUCCGGUUAGGCCUCCCAUGUGCUUGCCUCCGAUGUCGCAGAGGUCGGCCAAAGCCGCACCGGAGCCGCGACCACUUCGCCGUGACAAGGCACAUGAAGAGCGAUUGGUGCUGGAAUCUGCUCUGGCGUUUGAGCCAGUCAGCUCCCCUGAGCUUCCCUUGAAGCUGAGCAAAGUACAAUGCCAUGAGGGUUCGAUUCCAGAGCCACGUGACUCAGAUAGGCCCCCGUUGCGACUGCGGCUUCGGAGAAAAGGGGUGACUGUUGCUGAAGUGCAGCUAGAUCCUUCCAUGACAGUUCAGGAGCUAAAGGAAGGUGUGGCAGCAAAGCUCGAUGCUGCACCAGAGGACCAGCGCUUCUUUUGGUGCAUGCAGUGCUUGCCAGACUACAGCAGCUUGCAAGCCUGUGGCCUGGUUUCUGGUGAGCACGACAUCUCUGUGAUCCCAGAACUUUCACAUCAUCACACAGGAGUGCCACUCAUUUGCGCAAGAAGAGGCCUGAAUAUGGUGCCAUCCGGGCCGUCCUUGCCAUGGAGACCUUCCAAGUUCUCCAAGAUCAGACAUGAGGACUUGGAGCUCUACUUUGGUGACGCCGCACCUUUAGCUCCUUUGGAGCCUGAAGAUUAUCUAAGAUAGGCCCUUCUGCGCUGAGUCUCGGCAAAGGAUAUCAAUACCAUAAAGGCAACAGCACUCAAAGCAGUGAAUUUUGAGUCGGGGUAGAUAUAGCCUGGCACCAGAACAUUGCCGUACGUAUGUAGUCCGCGUAUUGAUCAG